CCAAUAUAAGUACGCGGGCGUAUAGAGGGCGUUGAACUUUAAUCAUUCUGAAUAUUUAGUUUGAAAAAUUUACCCCUUUUUGUUAUUGUCAAAUAUUAAAGAGAAUUUGACAAAAUUUAGCAUAAUAUUUUAAUGCGAGUUCUCAUGAAAUUGUAUAUGAUUAAUUUUAAUAAAAAUGGGAACUGUCCACGCAAAGGAAACAACAAUGCCGAAAAAUCUUAAUCAAGAUUCAAAUCAUGCUAAUCCUAAGGAAAGAUACAACCCCCAAAUAAAAGAAGAUUCUUUUGCAUAUUUUAAUAAAAAAAGAGACCUAUUAGAGAAAGAUGAAGUAAAAGAGAAACCUAUCGACUUACAGACAAUUAAGACAAGGGUUGACAGAGUACACAUAGAUGGUCUCAAGCGAACAAAAGAUGAUAUAAUAAGAGCCCAAGUAACAGACCUCUUUAGAGCUAAAGAUUUUCAAGAUGUUAUUAUACGUGCCCAUAAAGUCAAAGGAAAGCUAGAAUCAUUAGGAUGUUUCAGAAGUGUUGGAGUUUACAUUGAUACGAGUGAAGGUCCUCAUGCCAGUCCAGAAGGCGUUGAAAUCACCUUUACGGUACGUGAAAUAAGACGACUAAUAGGUGGAAUUAAUACUAUGGUUGGAAAUAAUGAAGGUUCUGUAAUUAUUGGUGCAAAAGCACCCAACCUAUUUGGUAGAGGAGAACGACUUCAAAUGGAAUAUUCUCAUGGUACAAAAAGUUCCACAAAUAUAAAUGUGUCAGCUGUUAAACCACUUGUAAAUAGUUGGCUAAACACAGUGCUAACUGCUAGUGUGUAUAAUCAAACUAGUGAUUUUCCAUGGUCUGGUUUUAACCAGUGUGACAAAGGCCUUUUACUAGAUAUUGGUUUUAAUCCAGAUGGAGCAGGAAUACUGAAGCAUAAUUUACAGUAUGAAGCCACAUGCAGAAAAAUUGUUUGUUCUAAACAAGCGUCGUUUUCCGUACGUGAACAAAGUGGCCCUAGUUUGAAAUCUGCAUUACGACAUAUUUGUUCCAUUGAUAAACGAGACUCUACCAUAUUUCCUACCAUGGGAAGUCUGGUACAAUUUUCUACAGAGAUUGCUGGACUUGGUGGGAACAUUGGUUUUGUAAAAAAUGAACUUACUAUGCAAGCUAAUUGGUCACCACACGAAUAUUUUACUUUCCAAUUGGGUCUUCAAUCUGGACUACUUCGUGGAAUUAACGACGAUAAGUUCAUAAGUAUAGCCGAUCGCUUCUUUUUGGGUGGCCCAAUGAAUCUUAGAGGAUUCGAAAUGAGAGGAUGUGGUCCUCGCGACAAAAACAACUCAUUAGGUGGUGAUGCAUACUGGGCAGCGGCAUUUCAUUUGUAUACACCACUGCCAUUUAGACCCGGUCGUAAUGGUAUUGGAGAUUUGUUCAGGUUACAUGGUUUCGUCAACGGUGGAAAUUUAUCAACAAUUUCAAAUAAUUUUGAUUUGCAUAAGAAUCUGGAAAUCUUUACAAAGGAUGUACGUUCUUCAGUCGGUGGCGGUAUUGUAAUGAAAUUGGGAAACGUUGCAAGAAUCGAAUUGAAUGUAAUUACACCUCUGAGGUUUAUGAAAGAAGACGUAUUGCGAUCGAUUCAAUUUGGUAUUGGAUUGCAAUACUUAUAAGUAUUUAUUUGGGAGUAGUAAAUUGCUUAUCUUGCAUUAUUUUUUAUGCCAGUAACGUGGCUGUACAACACAAAUUACGAUUAUGAUUAUAACAUGUUUAUUAUUACAAAGAUGUAUUCUAAUCAUUUGAAUGUGAUUAGCAUUCAAUGUCUAAAAAAUGUUUCCAAUAAAGGGUAGUACAAAUUCUA